CAGUCAUGUCAGUUGAUGUAAAUUAGAGUUUGAGUACACAAAUCAGCUUAAUUAAAAAGGAGAAAUUUAAAUGUCAAGCACUGUUUAAGAUUCCUGCCUCUUUGUAACACAUAAGUUGUCAAGCACGCUUUGGAGAGCGCAAGCAUCACAAACUAUCAUCAAAAGUAUGGAAGUCCAUACAGUGACGGUGAACAGCCUACAUUGCACUGUCACGGAGCUUUCCUCCCUCAAAGCUUCGACAUCUGCACCUGCCUCGCCCAAGGUCACAUCAAAGAAGAAUAUUUCCAACAAUGCUGUCUCCGAGGCUACUAUCAUUGAACGCCUGAACCAUAGUUCAACCUGUGAGCUGGAAAAGGAGUAUAAUGAACUUAAGAACUGGCACGGUUCUUUAACAGGCAAUAAAAGUGUGGGAAAAAGGAAUGGCUCGUUAAGUGGCGACUCCUCAACCACGUCAGCCACGCCCGGAACCAAAACAAUGGAAAGUGGUGUUACGAUGAGCUCUGCUAGUGCGAUGGCAUCCUUGACAGUUGCACCCGCCGUCGUCCAAAUUAAGAAGCGUAUCUCGAGCAGCCGAACUCCGGCACGCAAAGCGCAUCGUAUCAAAUUCUUCCGCAAUGGGGAUCGUUUCUAUUCCGGCAUAACAAUACCUGUCUCCAAUGAACGGUACCGAUCCUUCGAGAGUCUUUAUGAAGACUUAACCCGGUUGCUUGAGGAGAGUGUAAAGAUACCUGGGGCUGUUCGCACAAUAUACAGCAUGUGUGGGAAAAAGAUAAACACUCUCGAUGAGUUGGAGGACGGUCAGAGUUACGUUUGUUCCUGCAAUAACGAGCAAUUUAAGAAGGUGGAAUACAACACUGGCUCCCAGCCUUUGGUUAAUUUGACGUUGUCCAACAACAGUCGAUCAAAUAAUCAGCGAUUGGCGAAAAAUUAUAGACCCGCCUCUCCCUUAAAAAAUGGAUCAUUAGCAAUUAGCAAUGGACCAAUUACAGUAUGUGGCGGAGGACCGGACAAUAGGAUUCCGUUGAACGCGUCCCGUCUUAUCAACCGUGACACUGUGGUUCAUCCUCGUAUAGUUACGCUGAUACGUAAUGGUACUAAGCCCCGCCACAUUAUGCGUUUGUUGUUGAACAAGCGUAACAGUCCAAGCUUCGAACACGUUCUGACCGCCAUUACCCAAGUGGUUCGCCUAGAUACGGGAUAUGUUAGAAAGGUAUUUACCCUUUCAGGUAUAUCGGUGGUUCAACUCGCUGAUUUUUUUGGACCGGAUGAUAUUUUCUUUGCAUAUGGGACAGAGAGAAUCAACACUGCGGAGGAUUUUAAGUUGGAAGCGGAGGAGCAGCGUGCUAUUAAUGUCAUACGCAAGACCCUGCGGACGGCAGGGACCACCUACAAGGGACCCAAGCCCAAGAUGCCUAUCAAGAGCAAAAAGGCUUAUCCCCCGUUGGUGGAUUCGGAGGAAUUUAAAGCAGCUCCCGCGCCCGAUGAGCAAAGAGAGGCUGCUUUACUUAAAAACCCUGGCAUAGAGCUCGAUGAUUUGCCAGUAGAUAUAAGGGACAGUUACACGUUGGGACAAAUUAUCGGCGAUGGGAACUUUGCCAUUGUCCUAAAGAUCAUGCACCGUCAAACGGGAAAUUUAUAUGCCUUGAAAAUAAUUGAUAAAAACAAAUGCAAGGGCAAGGAGCACUACAUUGAUGCUGAAGUACGAGUCAUGAAAAAGUUGGAUCAUCCGAAUAUAAUAUCACUUAUAAUGAAUGUGGACAAACAUUCAAAUAUGUAUCUUGUACUGGAGUAUGUAAGUGGUGGCGAUCUGUUCGAUGCAAUAACUCAGGCCACUCGUUUCUCAGAAAGUCAAUCGCGAAUUAUGAUAAGGCAUUUGGCGUCAGCCAUGUCAUACCUGCAUUCAAUGGGCAUUGUGCACAGAGAUAUUAAGCCUGAGAACCUCCUGGUAGAACUAGAUGAACAUGGAAACGUCCUUGAACUAAAACUCGCUGAUUUUGGAUUAGCAUGCGAGGUAAACGAUCUUCUUUUUGCCGUUUGUGGUACCCCCACCUAUGUCGCGCCAGAGAUAUUGUUAGAAGUCGGAUAUGGCUUAAAGGAGCGUUGACCGAGAAAUUGGAGGACCUGGACAAAUGUUUAAGGAAGCCUAUGUAAAAUACAAACUAACGAAACAGAAAACUAGGCUUACAAACAAUAAUUGUUCUUCAACAGAAAACCUAAAUAACACAAUUUAAUUAAAAUGAAGUAAAAAGUAAAUAUAAAUUUAUGUAUUUUAAAUUCUAUAUUUUCAUUAUUGAAAACUCAUUAGAAAUAUUCUGAGUUUCACAAGUGAUUUUACGUGGGACGUGUCACUAGCAGGUGAUUUCAUAAAUGAAAACUCAUCAACUCAAACCCUUCAGUUUCGAAGGUAAAGUUUCACUCGUGAACAACCUUGUGAAUAACACGUGACAUGUCAGCUUGCACGCGUGAAAAACAAUUAACACUCCAUAUAGACAAUUGUAUGGGAUGUUCGAUUUUUCACAAGUGAAAAUUGUAAUGAAAAUUUGUUAAAGGCACUCGUAAUUUCACUUGUUACAUGUCGUAAAAAAAAAAUUGUUAAAUUAAGUAAAAAAAAAAAA